CAGAACGAGCAGCUCCACCAGGCCCUGCGCAGCCUGCAGAGCGAGCACGCCGCGCUGCGCCAGCGAGCCAGCGCCUUGCGGGAGGACAACGACCUGAAGGCAGAGCACAUCACCGCCAUCAAAGAUAAAUUGCAAAAAGAACAAAAUCAGAAGGUAACACUGGAGGCGACGAUCAGCCAUUUGCACAACCUGAUACAGAACCAGGCCAACGAACAGAAGACCCAGGAGGCGAUGGUGCAAAGGAAAGACGAGGUUUACACCACGCAGACCCCACCUCUCACUCCUGCCAAGGAAAAACAAAACGCUCUGUUAGAGCACCCCAAGGAGGAGGGAGAAGAAAGUCUGAAAGAAGAGAUCCAGAAAAGGACAUCCCAGCUUACGGCAAAGGAGAAGGAGGUUUCUAUGGGCAUAGAGGUAGCAGAAGUGAAAAUCCCCCGUCACUGCAGUGCCCGCGCACGGGUGAAGCGCUGCAGCUGCUGCGGGAGCCCUGCCACUCUCGGUGCGUACAAGAGCGAGGGGAUCCUUCCUGCUAACGGCCGCUCACUCUGCUUGCAGUGCACGGAGCUGCGCUCGGAGCUGGAGGCCCUGAGCGAGGAGUACCGCUCCUGCCUGACCAGGCUGCGCCAGUGCCGCGACGAGCUCAACCACUGCCAGAGCAAGCAGGCAAAGAGACGUUGCAGUCACUGGAUCCCUGUCCUGGUGGGACUGAUAGCAAUGGCCGUAGCCAUCUUCCUCGCAAGUUACAGACCGUGA